AUGGCACCGGCCGCGAGCCCUUCGAAUCCGUACAAGAGGCAAAUUGAUGCCGUCCAGCGCGUCUAUGACUGCGCAAAGCGACUGAAAACGAACCACGAGAGCAGCGACUCCGCAACCUCGACAGUUUCCCUCGAACCUAAAACAUUAUCUACCAGCGCGCCGGAAGUAACGAAAGGGUCGAGCGAUCAUGAAAGCGAUGACGAGAGCUGGGUUUCGGAGUCAAGCGAGGAGCCCAGCGAGGAGAGCAGUGAGGAGGACAGCUCAGAGGCCCAAGAUGAUGACGAGCGCGAGAUGGAUGAGGAAGGCGUACAGCAAGAUGCGGAAGAGGUAGUGAAUCUACGAGCCAAUAGAGGGAAGAGGCCAGACUUCAAGCUACCUGGCGACGAGGAAUUAGAUGAUAUACGCCCGUUCCUGAAGGACUUCUUGCCAAAACUCAAGGCCGCCAACGAAGAGCUCGAAGCGCAGAAGAAGGCGGGAACAUUGCAGAGUAGUGAGAUAAUAGGGGAUGAAGAAGCAGACGGCGAAGAGCAAUACAUUGAAAUGAAUCUUGGCCUGGGCGUACUAGAAGAGCAGGGCGACGAAGCAGACAACGAUGCACACGAGUCUUUAGACAACAAUAAGGAAGGUGAGGAGGAACAACAGGAUAGUGAGAAGGAUGUACUAGGCAAGCUCAUGGGCCGCGAGAAACCGAAGGAGCCGGUUGGCAUUCAAGAAGUUACGGAUGUGCAAGGCAACACUUGA